UGUUCUCCGUCUGAGGCCGUCGAAGCUCGAUAAGCUCGCAAAAAUGGAGGAAGAAAAAGCCGCGGCGUACUACGACGAGCUUACUCGGAAAGGCGGCGGAGCCGCGAGAUUCAAGCGAGGCCUCGGCUUCUCCGCUGCAUCGGAUGCCGGAAAUGUCCCGGCGAGAGGCUUGGCUCUACCUUCUUCGUCUUCUUCCUUCCUCAGCAACUUCGUCAAGGCCUCCAGCCCCUCCAAGGUGUCGGAGCUCGAGAAACAAGCUCAACUGGAAUCCAUACAAAACAAGCUCAAGAAGAAGAAGGAGAAGGAGAAGCGAAGCCUUUCCAGAGACGAAGAAGACAGAGACAAGGCUAGGGUUUCUCGCGGGGACGACCGGCAAACUUCCAGGAGGCGAAGCAGGAGCAGAGAGAGGGAGAGAGGAAUAGAUCGUCAUUCGAGUCGGCGAAGUAGGAGUAGAGAGAGAUAUAGAGAGAGAAGGCGGAGAAGUAGGUCUCGGAGCGAUUCGGAUGGCGAUAGGCGGCGAAGAGAGAGAAGGAGAAGCCGGAGCUCGUCGCCUCGGAAUCGGAGGGCUGAGAGGAGGAGCCGGAGCCGGAGCCGGAGUCGGAGUCGGAGUUCGUCGCCCCGGCGGAGAGCCGAGAGGAGGAGUCGGAGCCCGUCGCCGCGGGAUCGGAGGUCGGAUAAGGACCGGAAAGUGCGGAAGGAGUGGAAUGGAGGUGUUGAUUAUUCGCGGUUGAUCGAAGGCUAUGAAAAGAUGUCACCAGCUGAAAGAAUCAAAGCAAAGAUGAAGCUUCAACUGGCUGAAACUGUUAAAAAAGAUGCAACAAAAGGCAGCUCAGGUUGGGAGAGGUUUGAGUUCAACAAGGACGCACCCCUUGAUGAUGAGGAUACUGAAGCUGCAGAAGAUGACACGGAAUUAGUGAAGCACAUUGGUCAAAGUUUCCGAUUCUCUGUAGUUGAGGCAAAACGCAAGGAGCAAAUUAGAGCUGCUCAUGAUGAGGCCAUUUUUGGUGCACCUGUAGUCCUGCCCUCCAUUGCUACCAAUGAUGAGCCUGACCCCAAGCCCGAGUCCGAGCCUGAGAAUGAGAAUGAGACGGACAAAAAGGAGAGUAAUGGAUGUGAUCUUGCUGCAAGCCUCUUAAGUGAGAAGGUACUUGCUAAACAACAAGGUUCCUGGCGCGACCGUGCUCGUAGACAAAGGAACUAGUAUGGAAGACAUGAACCAAGUUCACUUCGAACUAAUGUCGAUAAGUAGGUCCUAAUUCGUCAGCAAGGUUGAUGGUUGUAGAAAAGAUCUUUGCCAAUGGAGUUUGAGGUGGACAGCUUCACAUCAGAUUCCUUCUAUAAGUAUUCUUGUUCAGACAACCGGAUUUCCCCUUUGUCCGGGAAGCUUGAACCACAGUGAUGCUGUGAAAUCAAAAGUGAAAAAGAAAAAAGAUUUCAGAUCCGAAAAAACCAAGAACUGUUGAAACUGGAGGACUUUCGAUGUUUAUAGUUUCUGCUCACUCAGUGCCACUUCUGAUGGAAUUAAGAGCAUCUCUGAGAUUCUGAGUUCCAUCUCUUCAUCUCCGUUGAAAAGUUUUGGUAUUUAUGUUCUGGCGUUUGUGGUCAUAAACAAAAAGUUGCUGAGAAGAUGCAAUAAAAACUUUAUUCUUGUUUGUUCAUUAAAGAGCAAGUUUCUAUUUGUUAUUAGUCAUUUUUGCCAUUACUUUCGAAA